AUGGAUGCUGAUUUUGCUCUUCUUCUGAAGAGAACUCGAGGUUUUGAGAUAAGACCGGUUCGAGGAGAUGGCUCAUGCAUGUUUCGCGCUGUGGCUGACCAACUUUAUGCUGAUCAGGAGAUGCAUGGAGAAGUGAGAAGACUCUGUAUGGAUUAUAUGGUAGGUCUAAUGUUCACUGCCUUUUGCUUACGGUACGAUUAUCUUGUCAUUCAGGCUCGUAACCGUGACCACUUUGCUCCAUUUGUUGCUGAAGAUUUUUCAUCUUAUAUUGCUCGUAAACGAAGACCAGGUCAACAUGGAAACCAUGUCGAGUUACAAGCAAUUUCCGAGAUGUUUGCUCGUCCUAUCGAAAUCUAUGAAUACAGUGAAAACCCUCGAAACAUCUUCUACCCUACAAUAAAUAGGCUGGAAGUGCUUGUGCCCAUCCGCCUUAGUUAUCAUGGUUCAUCUCACUACAACUCUGUUGUGGAUCCAUUUGCACCGGCAGUUGGAGUAGGCUUGGGACUUCCUGGCUAUGUUGCCACUGGACCGAACAACUUGCGUCAGGCUGUCAAAGAAAGCAGUGACCGAAGUGUAGAGCAAGCGAUAGUGCAAAACCAACUCCAACAAACAGAUGUUGAACGAACGGAAAGAGAAAUCAGUGAACAGGUAAACCUGUUCAUAUCAAUGAUUUAAGC